AUGCUCUGGAUCCGAAGUGACCUUGAGGCGGAGCAAGUGCCUGUGCCGUCGGCCGAUCUCACAGCAGCGGUACUCCGACUUGAGGGAAGGGAGGUGAUGGUGGUGUCAGUGUCGGACGAGGAGAGCACCAUCGACUUGGUGCUGGCAUCGGCGGAACUGGCGGACGAGUUGACAUCCUGCGUGAUUCAUCCAACAGAGCACGGAUCAGACCAUAGAGCGAUCCAGACGACCUUCGACAUUCGAGUGCCGGAGCGUACCUUUCCGCAGCGCCUGAUGCUCAAGAACGCGCCGUGGAUCGCCAUCGCAACCAGGGUCGAGGACGAGCUUCGGCCUCUUCCGUGGACUGUGGGGGUGCAGACGCAGGCGGAUCAGCUCAUGCGGGUGGUCACCAAGGCGCUUCGAGAUCUGACUCCUCGAGCCCAGCCGCCGCCAUACGCGAAGCGAUGGUGGACAAAGGACCUGACGCGACUCCGUCGGACGUACACGUAUUGGCGCAAUCAAGCAAGGGCGCAGCGAAGAGCCGGUCAAUCGCGUCCGGAUCUGGAGCAGCGCGCCAAGGAGGCUGCGAAGGAGUACCACGACAAUUUGCGGAGACAAAAGAAGGCCCAUUGGGAUGACUUCGUCAUCGAAGGGAGCAACAUCUGGAGGGCUGCCAAGUAUCUGAAGCCUGGUACGGAGAUGACGGAUGACAAGGUGCCCCCGCUGAAGAGAGCCGACGGUUCGAUCACCGAAAGCAAGGGCGAGCAAGCCGAGGAACUCCUGAGCACCUUCUUUCCGCCUCUGCCAACGAGGAUCGAGCCGGAGGGUGAACGUCCGCAGAGAGAAGAAAUAGCCAUGCCAGACCUCACCUUGCAAGAGAUUGAGGAGAAGGUGAUGGCGGCGAAGCCCUGGAAAGCGCCUGGUGAGGAUGGCCUUCCUGCGAUCGUGUGGAAGAAGCUCUGGCACGUGGUCAAGCACCGGGUGUGGACGCUCUUCAGCUCAUCGCUCCGAGAGGGCGUCGUGCCUCAUCAAUGGCGAACGGCCAAGAUCAUCCCUCUGAGGAAACCAGAUAAAGGAGACUACACCCUGGCCAAGGCGUGGCGACCGAUUUCUCUCCUGUCGACGCUUGGCAAGAUUCUGGAGGCAGUCGUCGCGGAACGUAUCAGCUAUGCAGUCGAGGCUCAGGGCUUUUGCCCGCGAACCACUUUGGAGCGAAUCUACAAGGCCUGGAGAACGGGCAGAGUGCUCAGCCUCAUCAGCUUUGACGUCAAAGGCGCAUACAACGGAGUGUGCAAAGAGCGAAUGCUCGAAAGGAUGAAAGCCCGAGGCAUCCCGAGUCGACUGGUCAAUUGGAUAGACGCAUUCUGCUCGGGACGGACCGCGUCGGUGGUUGUCAACGGGCACACAUCCGAGCAACAAACCCUGCCGCAGGCCGGCCUACCCCAGGGAUCUCCUCUGUCGCCAGUGGCUUUUCUUUUCUUCAACGCAGACCUGGUGCAAAGACGGAUCAAGUCAAACAGAGAUGAGAAGACAUCCUUCAUCCACUUCACACGCAUCGCGGAGCGUGACAGCGACCUGCCUCUCAUCAUCAAAGGAAACGAUGUCAAGCCGAAGAGCAACGUGAAGCUGUUGGGAGUCAUCAUGGACAAAGCGCUUCGCUUCAGGAACACAUCGCCAGAGCGGCCGCCAAGGGCUGGCCGCGGCCAUGUGUUUGAAACGACUGAAGAUGGCUUCGCCACGGAUGGCGAGGCAACUGUUCGUCGCGACCGUGGCGCCAGCCAUGGACUAUGCCUCAAACGUGUGGUCGCACGCGCUGUCACGGGAGGCUCCCGCACGGUGGCAACGGCAGUGGCCGAGGCCGAGGCCGGCGUGCAAUCGUUCCGAGAACGGCAUGCUCAAGCGGCAGCGAAAUUCUGGAUAAGGAUGCGGACGCUCCCGAAGACGCAUCCUCUGACAUCGUUGAGGCUCAAACUGAACAGGAGGUAUGCGUCGCCAAUGCAGAAGCUCGCCUCGGCGAUGGGAAGAAUAGAUACCAAGCGCCUGGAAGUCAUCCACGAGUUCGCACUGGCGCCGUGGGACGAACGAGUGCAGGCAACGGAUGAGACAGACCGAGUGGAGGUGCUGAAGUCGGAUGACCCGGAGGACAUCACUAUUGCGACGUCCAGCUCGCAAAGGAAAGGCAAGGUCGGGUUGGGAGGCGUCGUUCGGGAUGCUUCCGCGACAGCGUAG